AUGUCGUCGGGUACUGUUCACUUCCCCGCCAUUCUUGUAACCGUCACCUGUAAUCCGCGCUGGUGUGUCCGCACCCUGAGUGGACGAGAAAGAAAGGAUUUUUCGGAGACUUCGUUCCAGACCCAGGAGUCAACUUUCCCGUAUGAGCAUUCGAUAGGUCGUCUGAGGGUUCGCCGCGGUUCAUUGCUGUGCUUACACACUAGGCUACCCUUCUCCGAAAGCUCUGCGGGACCACCUACCACUAGUCUUCGGCCGGAGGGGUUUAUUGCAUGCACAAAAACGCCGGGACGCAGGCUCCCGAAGAGGGAAGCCCAACGAAUGUCAGAUGCAAAGCCCCGCACCUCAUUAAGAUCAUAUUGGCAUACUCUCCCAAAAAAAAAAGAGCAGACCCCAUUGAAGACGAGAGUGAGGUACAACAAGGCCAUUUCUGUCCACCGCCCUUCUCACGGAGCCGUACGUGGACGUUACCGCUCAUACAGCUCCCAGCCGGCAAGAGUUAGCCUCCCUCUACAAAGAAUGGAAGUAUGGAUGAAUCGACAUAAAAAAAAUAGAGGAAUUUUCUUUUUCUUUUCAGCAAUAACAUGAUAAGAGCAUCCCUUUCACAAAAACCUACAGGUCCUCCCCCUAUCCUGCCUGCCACUUCAGCAUCUUGUGAUCUUUGAGAAGAUCAUUACGAGCCCUCUCCUAGAAUGUUUUUGUAGAUUCCGAAAAUUCCAUGGUGGAUCAGGAUGAGUAUGUCCUGGAUUCCCGGAUUCAUUCUCAUCCUGGAGCUUCCGCUCUCCUCCGGGGAGGGGUUUUUAUAGAUAGAGAGGUGAGUCGAGGGUAGCCCCCGCUUGACCGAUUUAUCGGAAUCAGAGGAGGUUUGAAGACGCUCGACCCAAACAAGCAACGGCUUCUAAAGUAAAGGAAGGGGGCGCGCUAGCGCUUUACUAAUAGAAUAUCAAGUAAAGGGGACUUUAUCAUGAUCUUAAGAAUUUACAACCCUCUUUACUGAGCGAGACUCUACCCAGAUCUAAAGAAUUCGCCAAAGAGCCUUUUCUUCUUACUAGGAGAGUCAGCAAGCUACCGGAAGCGAUCUGGCUCCCCCUUUGAAUUUCCAAUUCCUUCUUUUCGUUCUACUUAGGUGGAGCAAUCCGAACUCUCGACAGAAUAUAAAAGAGCGUCUUCGAACCUGUGUAGACACCUCAACGAACUCAUGCGGACACUCCUC